CCAUUUCAAGACAACAGUGUCAUAAAGAUUACUGACUGAAAUUAUCUGUACAUUCUUCAUUUAAACUAGCUGGAAACUCAAAAUGAAGAUCUGCUAUUUUGUGUACAUCUGGAUGUUUCUGACAGAGAUUAAAGUUUCAUCAACAGAUGGGAUUGAGAUACAUGGAUAUAGUGGAAAAUAUGUCAUCAUUUCAUGUUACUAUAUGGGGGCUUCAAACAAAGUAAAGUAUUUCUGCAGAGAUCCAUGUAAAAAUAAAAAAGAAGAUAUUCUAGUAUCAUCUGAUCGGUCACCUACUGGGAGAUUCAGACUGGAGGAUACUAACACUGGAACGUUCACAGUGACCAUCACUGAUCUACAGGAGUCAGACUCUGGGAUUUACUGGUGUGGAGUGGACAGAACUCUUAUAGACUCAUAUAACAGGGUCAAUCUGAGAGUAUAUAAAGACGCAACUCGUCCAAUUUCAACAUCAGCACCACAACCAGAAUCUCCAUUUGCCACAUCAAGCAGAACCUCCAGAUACUCAAACCCUGAUGACAUUACAACCUCAGUGACGGAACUGUACCAAAGUAAUCUUAGCAUCUCACUGCAUGCUAUUGGUGGUCUGAUCUUAGUGAUUGUACUUUUAUGUCUACUGGUUGCUGUUUAUCAGUACAGGAAGAGAGUUAGAAAACCUGCAAGCAACAAACCAAUCAGACACAAUGAACGUCGAGCUGAAGAGGCUGAUAAUGUACGUGAUAAUGAUCUUCAAGACCUACAGAACAACAAACAGAUCAAAUCUAAGAAGUUGAAGCUUGAAGUUCCAAAGAGCAACGAACUUUUAGUCUAUCAAAAUCUAUUGGUCAAAACUGGCCAAUCAGAGGUUAUCUAUGAAACUAUGAACUCAGUUCAAUUGCUAUAAGAUUUAGAUAAGAUCAGAGUACAGGUAAAAAAAAACAUAGUGAUAGAUAUACAGUACUGUGCAAAUGUCUUAGGCCACCAGCAUCCUUUAAAGGUGUCUUAAGAUACACUUUAUUAUUAAGACACAAACAGAAAAUACAAGAAAUAUGUACACAAAACUUUAAAAAAAAACACAAUGUUCAGACCAAAAUAAAUUCCUCUGUCAAAGUCAGUAUUUAGUGUGAUCUCUCUCAGCAUUAAACACAUCUUGAACUCUUUGGAGGAGACUUAAGUAAUUUGAUUAAAAAUAGACAUUAGGAUUUAAUUUUAUUUAGGUUUAUGAGAGCAUGCAUGUUCCUGCUAUUGCUUAAGUGUAAAAGUGGUUCACACUAAACACUUGACACUUUUUCAGAUUUUAACACUGCAUACAAAUGUCAUUUUCUAGUUGUAUUUUAAUAAAGGAAAUGAAUUAUACAGGGGAAACUAAAAUCACAAAUCUAAUGAUGGUAUAUAUUAUGGUGGAGAGACAUUUGCACAGUACUGUAAGAUUUUCUACAUUACAUCACAUCAAAUGUAUUCAAAUAAAUUAUACAAGUCUAAUAACUCUUAAACACAUUUCGAUUUUAAAAACUUGCAUUUGGUGUUAAUAAUUUGUAGCUUUCUUAAAUCACCACAUGGGGGAGCUGUCUGUUGGUUUCUCUCAUUUGAUUUUUAUUUUGCAAACUUAUUUCUUACUAACUCUUUGCUUUUUUCAUGUAUUUUCUUACUGUACUGUAUUUUGAAAGACUGUAAUAAGAAUAGUUUAACUUUAACCAGUAAAAGAAAAACAUCUGAAAUUGCAUGAAUGUAAACAUUAAUCUUCAAGCCAAUAAAACUCAGUGCAAUGAUAUUAGAC